AUGACUCAAGGUGGAUAUCAUUUAGGCAAGUCCUCAGGUAGGAGUAAGACUGCUAAUCAUGAAAAUAUUCCUUCUAUUCCAACUCCAGUGAUUGAACAGGAUGAUACAAGUUUCAUCCCUAGCAGUAUGCCAAUCGAUCAAACACUACUACUUAAUAGUACGCCGUCGGAUCAAAUAUUGCGACAAAGAAGUACCCUAGUCAUUCCUGAGACAUCUUCUAUUUCACCUAACCAAAGCAGCCCAACAGGCCAGAAUAUGAAUGCUCAAAGCAACACAGCAGUUGAAGCAACAUCUAGUCAGAGAAAUGUAUCUGUUUUAGGUGAUUCCAGUUGUACCAAUGGUUGGAACCUUCUUCCAAAUGCUCCAGUUCCACUACAUUGUCUUUCAAAAGUAAAGUUGAUCCCAAAGGGAUCAACUGAAAAGGUGUCUCAAAAGAUGUCAAAGAUGAAGAAUUUCUAUUGGGAUACUUUUGUUAGUGAAGUUGUGGUGAAGCAACAAUGGUCGAAGAAGGAAAAGUGGAUGGAACUUUGGAAAAGUUAUGACUGUGUUAAGAAGUCCGAGAUAAAUUCAAAGAACCAUUAUGGUGGAUGUGAAGUAGCUGUUGGGACACACAUAUGUGUCUCUAUCACAGCUGGAGAGUACCGGAAGAAACUUGAAAAGUAUGAAGAAAUUGUAUGGAAAAAAUUACAGCACAAAUCUAAAAUUGAUCAAUUGGAAACAUAUUAUGAAGUUGCGGGAGGAGCAAAGAAGAAAAGAUUAUUUAGUCUUGGGUCUGAAGCUAACAGUUACUUUGGGAAAAAACUUUGUGCCUGUAAAGCGUCCACAUCAUUAGUAUCACCUUCGGUUUCUUUACCAACAAAAAAUUUGGAGUUUGUGAAGCAAUUGAUUUCGACACUUACUACUCAUUUUCUUUCAGUAGUUAUUGAGCAUGUUGGUGGUAUUAGGGUGCAAGAAGGGGCCGUGCUUGAUCCUCCUCCUACUAAUAAUGAUGAUGACGACGUUGAUUCCUAG